AUCGAAGUCAAUCGAAUCGAUCGGCCAUACCCAAAUGGCUUCAGCUUUGCUCUCAGUUUUAUACCCGAUCUCCAUCGCUCGAAAUGCAGCUACUCCUAGUUCUUUUUCUAGUUUCCGCAACUCUGGGCAAUAAGAAGGGACUGCGAUGCCUUAAAACGUGCCCAGUAGAUGUGUUUGACGUAUCGUGUUCCUUUGAUAAAUUCUGCUACUUUGAAGCAGAAAACAAUUGCCACGUUGAAAUCGAGAAGUGCAUGAGAAAGGCCUAUAAUAAGCCAGAUUUUAUUAAAAAGAAGCCGGGAUACUGCCUAAAACAGAGCUAUCCAAAGCGAGCGAGACCUUGCAUUCCAAUGGUUUCAUCCAGUGUACUGCCGGUAAAAAAUGAUUUUGUCAAGAAAUACAACAGAAAGCUGUUCGCUACGCGUGUGUGAAUAAAGAAAUAUAAAUUAGUUCACGGCCAAUAUAAUUUAGAUAUGGUUAAUAUGGUUAUGCUUUCAAAAUGCAUUAAACAUUUAGGAAAAAAAGAGUCAGUUCCAAGUAGCUGCUCCAAAUAUGAAGUUAUUUAUGCUUUCGCUUCUGGCUUUUAUGUUAGUCGGUUUUGUAUGGGCCCAGAAAUGCAAAAAGAAAUGCGGACCUUGCAUCUUGCCCACCUGCAACUUUGAUGGCAAAUGCUACUUUGAGGGAUCCAGCGCCUGUGCCCUGGAUAAUGAGAAGUGCCGGCGAAAGAUGAAAAAACUUCCACCAUUCAUAAAAACCGAAUCGGGAUUCUGCGAGGAAGGGGUUAGGAAGUGUAAAAUAUAAAACGAAAUGAUUUCCAAUCUUAUGACAUCUAAACUUAACCGUGAAUUAAAAUGUUUCACGCAAAAUCUCCAGUAAAGUAUUGUUUCUCCAGAAUAAAACUCUCAAGCCUGCUCAAAAUAAAAAUUUAAAAACAUUUUUUCCUAAACAAAGCAAA